CUCCGCCCGAAAAAUUGGUGGGAGGGCUUGAAACGUUUGAGCGCAUCGGCGAGUUAGGACGCGUCUUUGGAGAGAAACGGUGGAACACAGGACUCCUCGUAACUUCACGUUGUGACACCCCCCCCCCUCUCCCAACAAGGGGAUCCUCAGAGUUAGGAGCCGGGUGCCUGGUUCUCGUGCGGUGUCAGCGGGUCAGUUGUACUCCCGGUCUAUUGUACCUCGGACAGCCUGCGCGCAUCCAAUGUGCGUAAAGGGGCUCUUUUUCCUCGCCGUCCUGUCCGGACUCGCAGCUUCAGGCGUGCUGCGGGUCAACGGGAUGCACAUUUACACAUCCGGGGACGUGGAGGCCGUCAACGGGACGGACGUGCGUCUGAAGUGCACCUUCCAGAGCUCGUCGUCCAUCAACGCCGAUGCCGUCAUCAUCUCCUGGAGCUUCAGGCCCCUCAAACCGGGCAGAGAAGAGUCGGUGUUCCACUACCAGCGGCUGCGGCCCUAUCCUCCGUUGGAGGGAAUAUUCCGCAAGCGCGUGAGUUGGGCCGGCGACGUCAUGGGACGCGACGCCUCCAUCGUCAUUCAGCAGGUCAAGUUCAUCUACAACGGCACCUACGUCUGCCAGGUGAAGAAUCCGCCGGAUGUCCACGGCUCGGUGGGAGAGAUUCGACUGCGCGUCGUUACCACAGCGUCCUUCUCCGAUCUCCUCCUCCUGGCGCUGGCCGUCGGGGGCGGCAUCGCCGCCGUUGUCCUCCUCCUCCUCGUCAUCCUGUCCUGCAGGCGGUGCAGGAAGAGGGCACGGGAGCAGCGCGAGGGCAACGAGGAGGCCCCCCGCAAGGAGAGGAAAGACCCCACGGCGUGGUAAGACGGAGGGGGGACACAGAGAGAGAGAGACAGCAGGAGGCGGAGGAGCGGCGGCGAGAGAGGAACCCCCCCCCCCCAGGGAGACACGACGCGCUCCCUUCUCUCUCGGCCCUUCGUCCUACCGGGACGUUUCACUUCCUGCUUCCUGCUUCCACUUCCUAAAACCUGGGCCGUAGACGAUGGGCAGCUGAUAUAAAAUAAGAGAGUGCCUUUUCGUGUAGGAAGCCGUUAAAUUCCAGAACGUACGCUAGACCGUUGUUUAGCUCUUUAUCACAUCACCAUGUGCCUUCCUCUUCUGGAUAGAAACCCCUCCGUUAUCAGUUCAUCUUCGCCCGGUUCAGCUAAAAAAAAAAAACAUUUCCUGUUGAGAGCGAAACAAUGAGGCAGGUCGGUGACGUUUACUACCCUGCGAAAAUAUCCCAAACCCCCACCAUGCAGCACAAGCCGCAUGGCGGAAACUGGAUGGGCAGCUUCCUGUCGUCUAUUGAAAUGUGCGUUUGUUUAAUUGCCAGAUGAUAGACUACGAAACCACGUUCACAUAUGUGAUCGGUAUCGAUCAACCCCUCAUUUCAGCGGUUCCAUAUCAGCUCUCAGCUCCGACGUCCUUCUACAUUUCUGUUUUGUUUCACUGCUGCAUUUUCUCUGAGAUUCCGUGGUGUCAUUUUGGCUGAUCCUGAGGAUCCUGAAGGAUCAAGGUGCUAUCACGUGAUCUGAACCUGAUGGAGAGCACUUGUUGAAAACUGAUUUUUCACACACUACUUUUGUAAAAAAAAAAAAAAAAGACAUUUGGUUGGUAGCUUUUGGUUAAUUAAGACAUGCAUUGUUAAUUUCCUCGACAAAGUGGCAAAUCUUUUUAACAAGUAGCUUCUCUUUAUUUUUUUUUGGUGUUCUGGGCACGUGGGACUUCUUUGUUUCAAUCUUGGGUUUUCAGAUCCGUUACCGUCACAACUGUGCUGCAAAACUGCGUCUCACACUCCAAAAGCCGAGCUGAGAACUUUUGAUUCAUUCAAACUCCAAAAAAACGAAUCACCGAAAAACUCACACACACGGAUGGAAAAUGUUUGUCGCCCAAUCAGGUGCAGACGGAUCCACAGAGAUGUUGAAACCUGAGUCACUCUAACCCGUUGUUCCUGCUGCUGUGUUCGUGUCGUCUUUGUCCUGUCCUCAUCCGUAUGUGCACAUGCACGCCCACGCGUCAUUCAUGCCUGUGUCAUGCAUGUAUUCAUGUCACGCCCUGGGAGUGUGUCCGUGUGUGUGUGUGUGUGUGUGUUGCGUCACCCUCUCCCUCCUCCCCCCCCCCCCUCCCUCCUUCCUCCGUGUGUGUCCCAGCCACCCGUCGAGGGCCGUCCACCUGUAUCUGUCAGAGACCUCCGUGGAGAUCGACAGUUCCGACGGCAUGAUCUCAGACGCCAGCACCAAAAGGGCGAGCUCCUCGGAGGACGAGGGCCGGAGCACGGACGAACUGGAGGACGUAGGGACAGGCAGGGAGACGGAAAUGACCGCCAGGAGGCCUGUCGGUGCAGAGGGCGGGGUGAAAAGGGCGCC